UAGCUAAACUAGUAUUUUAGCUCUGCUAGCCAGCUCCAGGCAUGAAUCCAAUUUAGCUAAUGGUAAUAACUAUCAGUAGCAUGCUUACAAAGUAUUCUUUGACGUUUUCUGAAUCAUUGCCUAUUCCUCAUUACUGUAUUGCCAGAGAUACUCUGCCAUUGUUUGCUAGCUAUCUGUUGUUUUGUUAGCACAUUGUUAGCUAGCUAGCUAUUGUUGGCAUAAAAAACAAGAACUUGUUAGCUAGAGGGCUAUCAUCAUAUCUGGCAUGUUUUGACCUUAUUGUGACCCACUUUCGAUUUUCACUAUCACUAUUUAAUCUCACCUUUUAGUUAAUCUAGCUACUCUUAACUCCAAUUGUCUUGAAAUGUGCUUGCUAUAGCCUAGCAUAAUUUUUGGAUCAAAUCUGUCUUCACCUCUUAUCUCAUCAUUUCACUCACUGCUGUCUUAAAAGGAACCUGACUCCUCAUCACAUAUUUCUGAGGCUGCAUGGAGUCUGAAGACCCGUGCUCUGACAGAGAUGGUGUACAUUGAUGAGGUGGAGGUGGACCAAGAGGGGAUCGCUGAGAUGAUGCUGGAUGAAAGCUCCAUUGCCCAGGUUGCUCGCCCUGGGACAUCACUGAGGCGUCCUGAAACAAGCCAUGGAGGUGGACCUACUCCAGCUAUCAGGCCCAUGACCCAAUCGGGACGACCAAUCACAGGGUUUGUGAGGCCCAGUACCCAGUCUGGCAGACCAGGGACAAUGGAACAGGCCAUUAAGACCCCGCGCACGGCACACACUGCCCGCCCUGUCACUGGUGCAUCUGGGAGAUUUGUCCGGCUGGGAACAGCCUCCAUGUUAACCAAUCCUGAGGGGCCAUUUAUACAUUUGUCAAGACUCAACUUGGCUAAAUAUGCCCAGAAGCCCAAUUUAUCCAAGACCUUGUUUGAGUACAUCUUCCAUCAUGAAAAUGAUGUAAAAAAUGCUUUAGACCUGGCUGCUCUGGCCACUGAGAAUGCUCAGUUCAAAGACUGGUGGUGGAAAGUCCAGCUGGGGAAGUGCUACUACAGACUUGGUUUACACCGGGAAUCAGAAAAACAGUUCAGAUCUGCUCUCAAUCAUCAGGAGGUGGUGGACACAUACCUCUAUCUGGCCAAGGUGUAUCAGCGGCUUGAUCAACCUAUAACUGCACUGAACCUCUUCAAGCAAGGUCUGGACCACUUCCCUGGGGAGGUCACUCUCUUAACAGGAAUUGCUCGCAUUCAUGAGGAGAUGAAUAACAUCACCUCAGCCACAGAGUACUACAAAGAUGUCCUGAAGCAGGACAACACUCACAUUGAGGCUAUCGCCUGCAUAGGCAGCAAUCACUUCUACACGGACCAGCCUGAGAUCGCCUUGCGCUUUUACCGACGGCUGCUGCAGAUGGGGGUAUAUAAUUGCCAGCUGUACAACAACCUGGGAUUGUGCUGCUUUUAUGCCCAGCAGUAUGAUAUGACCCUGUCCUCCUUCGAGAGGGCUCUGGCCCUGGUGGCCAAUGAUGAGGAGCAGGCUGACGUCUGGUACAACAUUGGACACGUGGCCGUGGGAAUAGGAGACCUGACUCUGGCAUCCCAGUGUUUUAAACUGGCCUUGGCCUUCAACAACGACCAUGCUGAGGCCUAUAAUAACCUGGCUGUGCUGGAGCUACGCAAGGGACACAUUGAGCAGGUGAAUGAACUGUCCAAAGCUUUCCUCCAGACCGCUGCAUCAAUUGCCCCUCACAUGUAUGAGCCACACUUUAACUACUCCACUCUGUCAGACAAGAUUGGAGAUCUGCAGAGUAGCUACACGGCAGCCCAGAGGUCAGAGGAUGCCUUCCCUGAGCAUGUAGAUACCCAGCAGAUCCUGAAACAUCUGCGCCAGCACUUUGCUGUGCUGUGACCUACUGACCGACACACCUGACUUGACAGUCCAAACUUCCUGUGUGAUAACUUAGUUGUUGUAGAGUGCUGCUAUUGAACAACAGUGACUGGCCUCCUCAUAUUCUGCUGUUAGAUGAUGGUGACAAUACACAGGCUAAAUGAUACAAAGGGCAAUUUGGCUUGGGCAACUCACUGCACAGACAUUAUUAUAAAACAGUCAUUUAAAACUGCCUGGCCCAAUGCAGGUCUUAUUAGUUGUAUUUGAAGUGUUUUAUUUGCAGCCAAGAUUGGUUUUGGCAUUUGUUUUUCUCUUCAACUGUUGGUUCACAUACAUGUGUAAUAGUAUUUAAGGUACUUUUAAGCACCGAUAGUGAAUGUACAUAAUAAAGUAUGAACAUGGAAGAAACACAUAUUUACUAUAGGACAUAGCAGUAUAAAUAUAUAUUUUUUAUAGUGUAUUCAGAUGUAUUUUGGUAUUAACAUUACUCUUGUCAUAAUUUGUAGUCUGUCUUGUUUGUAAGGAAUAAACUAUAUAAACAUGUUUUUUUUUUUUUUUUAAGAUGCAGAACAAAUUAAGUUGUGUUUAACUUUACAGUAUGACAAUUUCUUUUAUCAGAUAAAAUGUUAUGUACAACUUAAGUUACAUUUGAUUCCAAUGCUUAUUAUUUUGAAUGUAUGUAUUUACUUAUUGAAAUAAUGGAAAUUUUACAGUAAUUUCUAAGCUUUCCUUGAUUUUAUUUCACAUAUCCAUUUCAAUGGAUGUGUACACAGCAUCAUUCCAGGACUUCAUGGGAUAUAUUUUGGGAUGGAUGGCCGCACAGUCCUCCAUUCCAAAGUGGUCUUUGGGCUGUCUCAUGCCAGUACCUUUAAACCAAAUUAAAUGUUACUUAAUUGA